GGAUGCUGACGGCUUGACGGGAGGGAGGAGAGCAGGAGGGAGGGAGGAAGUCCUUCAUACAGCUCCAGUAGAGGAGGAGAGGAGAGGACAGAGCAUCCCAGGAAGGAAGAGAAGGAGGGAGGAGGACACACCGAGGCUCCUGCCAGCAUCACCGCCUCCUGCGCUCCGUCCGCGGCUCGGAGAGAAAAGCUUCUUCUCGAGAUACAGUGAACAGGUUCCUUCUGGAUCCAGAUGAUGGAGCUCCUGCUGUGUCUGCUGUUCCUCAGCUCAGUGGUCCUGGAGGAGGCUGUUGGUGGAGAUGUGUGUGUGUCCGGACAUGACAGCGGGCCAGUGUUUGAAGAACAGCCAAGCAGCUUAAUUUAUCCUGAAGGCCUGACAGAAGGAAAGGUGACCCUGAGCUGUCAGGCCAGAGCCAGUCCAGCUGCUUCCUACAGGUGGCUUUUGAAUGGCACUGAGGUCCCUCUGGGUUCGGAUCGAUACACGCUGGUGGCCGGCACCUUGGUGAUCAGCGGCCCUGAGCCUCUCAGAGACACCGGCUCAUACCAGUGUCUGGCCAUCAACCGCUGUGGAACCAUCAUCAGCAGAGCAGCGAACCUCAAGUUUGGUUACCUUCAUGACUUCCCUCCAGACAGCAGGAGUCCUCAGACAGCAUAUGAAGGUGUAGGAACUUUCUUGGCCUGCCAGCCUCCUCCACAUUACCCAGCUCUGUCCUACCGCUGGUUAAUCAACGAGUUUCCCAACUUCAUCAGGAAAGAUGAUGGGCGCUGGUUUGUAUCACAGGUCACCGGGAACCUGUAUGUGGCCAAAGCAGAGCCCAAUGACACCGGGAACUACUUCUGCUUCACCACCAUCAACAUGGACAUCAGCACCAAGAGCACCUUCAGCAAGGCCAACCAGCUCACUGUACUUCCAGAUGCCAGUCCCAGGAAGUCCACUCCCAGCAUUAAAGUGCGUUUCCCAGCUGAGACCUACGCCCUGGCUGGACACACUGCCCAGUUAGAGUGCUUUGCUUAUGGAAAUCCAAUCCCAAAGCUUCGGUGGAGGAAGGCUGAUGGUUUGAUGCCAUCAAAGGCAGGCUUCUCUGUUGGAGGUCCCACUCUCACCCUGCCUGACCUCUCCUUUGAUGACGAGGGUAUUUACGAGUGUGAAGCCUAUAACUCGGAGGGAAGUGACACGUACCAGGGACGCAUCAAUGUGCAAGCUCAGCCAGAAUGGUUGCAGGUGAUGAGUGACUCAGAGGUGGAGAUCAGCUCAGAGCUUCACUGGAGCUGUGUGGCUGCUGGAAAACCUCGCCCCUCCAUACGCUGGCUACGCAACGGACAGCCAAUCAGCACACAGGAUCGGGUGGAGGUGAACGGAGCUCAUCUUAAAAUCAGUAACCUGGCCCUGGAGGAUUCUGGGAUGUACCAAUGUGUGGCUGAAAACAAGCAUGGCACCGUCUACUCCACUGCUGAGCUCAGAGUCCAAGUUCAGGCCCCAGACUUCAGGCUGAACCCAGUCAGGAGGCUGAUCCCGGCUGCUAGAGGGGGACAGGUGAUGAUUGAGUGUCGUCCUCGAGCCGCCCCAAAGCCCAGCCUGUUCUGGAGUCGUGGGACGGAGCUUCUCACCAACAGCAGCAGAGUGACAGUAACUCCAGACGGCAUCUUGUGGAUCCACAACAUCAGCAGAGCAGAUGAAGGGAAAUACACCUGCUUUGCUGAAAACUACCUGGGAAAAGCCAACAGCACUGGACACCUGUCAGUCAGAGAUGCUACUAAGAUCACGCUGGCGCCCUCUAACGCUGACAUUAAUCAGGGAGAGAAUGUCACCCUGCAGUGCCACGCCUCCCAUGACCCCACCAUGGACCUGACCUUCACCUGGGCCCUCAAUGGAGUCCUGCUGGACUUGGAGAACUCUGCUGGGCCAUACCACCGGGUGGAGGGGAAGGAGAACAUUGGUGACCUGUUAACGGUGAAUGCUCAGCUGAGUCAGGCGGGGAUGUACACCUGUACAGCUCAGACCGUGGUGGACAGCGCCUCUGCUUCAGCUAAACUAGUGGUUCGAGGCCCCCCGGGACCUCCUGGAGGUUUACUGGUGAAGAACGUAGCUGAGACGUCGGUGGAGCUCCGAUGGAGUCGUGGCUACGAUAACCACAGUCCCAUUGGCAAAUAUGUCAUCAUGGGCAGAUCAACGCUCUCAUCAGAAUGGAAGAAGAUGAGGACAGAUCCAGUCAACAUUGAAGGAAACGCUGAGUCUUCUCGUGUGAUGGGACUCAUGCCCUGGAUGGAUUAUGAGUUCCAGGUCAUUGCCAGCAACAUCCUGGGCAGCGGAGAGCCCAGCAUGCCAUCCCAUAUCAUCCGCACACAGCAAGCAGCUCCCACGGUGGCCCCCAGUGGACUGGGAGGAGGAGGAGGAGACCGCCAUGAGCUCAUCGUGACCUGGACGCCCAUGGCCAGAGAAUACCAGAACGGUGACGGCUUCGGCUACAUCUUGGCGUUCAGGAAGAAAGACACGUCAUGGACAGAAGUGCGGAUUCCCCAUGUGGAGUCAUCUCGAUACGUCUACUACAACGACAGCCUGACGCCGUACAGUCCGUUUGAAGUGAAGAUUAAAGCUUACAACCGCAGAGGAGAAGGUCCGUUCAGUCAGAUAGCUGUGGUCCACUCUGCAGAGGAAGAGCCAACAGUGGGACCUCUAAACAUCAACGCCACAGCGCUGUCUGCCUUUGAGAUCCAGGUUUCAUGGGAACCCGUCCAGCAGCUGAGUGCCAACGGCAUCCUCCGAGGAUACGAGAUCCGGUAUUGGAGACAGCAUGAACGGGAAGCAGCAGCGGAUCGAGUGAGGACAGCAGGACUGGAACCAACAGCCAGGGUGUCUGGACUGCGACCCAGUACUCGAUACCAUGUGGCUGUUCUGGCGUACAACAGUGCUGGCACCGGGCCGCCCUCACCACGCACCACCGUCACCACCAGGAAACCACCUCCAAAUCGUCCUCCUGGCAACGUGUCCUGGAAGGCUCACGGCUCCUGGGUCACGGUGAGGUGGGACCAUGUGACCGCCAUGCACAAUGAGUCAGCUGUUCUGGGCUACAAAGUCCUGUACAAACACGAGGACCAGGCAGCUCUGAAGUUUCUGGACAAGACGAAGACUUCAGUGAACUUGCCGCUGCCCAAAGACAAUGGUUAUGUCGUGUUGGAGAUCCGGUCCUGGGGUGAGGGGGGGGACGGGCCGGCUCAUGAGAUCAUCGUGUCCCGGGACUCAGGAACCGGUAUGAUGGUCCAGAAGGAUUCCUCCUCCGCUCUGUCCAGUCAUUCGGUCCUCCUCCUGGCUGGCUGGGCUCUCCUCACCGUCACGUCGCUGUCAGGCCUGUGACUCCAGCCGGUCUGUGGACUCUUUAACGGUGGCUGGAGUCUGAAGCUCUCCUGUGUCUCAGCCGGUGUUGUGGGUCAGGACAGGGUUUGGUGCAGGGACAGGGGGGUGGGGGGGUUGGAAAGGAGUUUCUGUUUUUUUAUAAUAAGAACAAAGAAGUGUUUUUUUUAUAAAUGUCAAAGUGGGUUGAAGGGGAACAGUAUCAGUGUUCUGUUGUCAGUAUAAACAUGCCUUAUGGGACCAUCACAGCAUUCCUGUCUUCUCCAAACUGUAGCUGGAGAGACACGAGCUUCAGGUCUGGAUUACUCAUAGAAUCAGUGGUGUGUAUAGCCUGUACAGAUCCAUAUGUGAUGUGUGUUCACACUGGGAGCAACCUGACGGAGCAAACUGAACUCUACUGUCUUCUUAUAAUGAAUGCCACUUGGUCCAUGCUACACUCCCUUUGGAGAGGAAUUUCUUUCACAAAAAUGAGUAGAAAGUAGAAUUGUCCACAGCAGAGCUUCAGGAGCUGCUGCCAAAAAUCACCAGCCAGAAACAGACAUUCAUGUUAUUUAGGGUGACCAUAUUCUGUUUCUCUGAAAAGAGGACACACAUCCAGCUUCCGCGCGAAAAAUUUUCAGUCCCCCCCCCCCCCCCCCCACACACACACACACACACAUUUUUAGGGGUUUUCUGUGGGUCAGGGGGCUUUCUGUGCUUCAAACUCAGUUAAACAGAUAUUCUGAAUUCCCCAGAAAAGAACACUUUACCUGGAUAUACAGAAAAAUAGCUCAAAACACUCACAAACAGUUGCUUUAUAAAUAGUAUAUUUAUUAAUUUAAAGCAAUUCUCCUAAACAAUAUAGUCAGUCACAUACAAAUAUGGCAUGCUCUAGUCUUUAAAAGUUAUUGACUCAAGUUGUGUAGGAACACAUGUAUUCAGAUGUUUAACAAAAUAAGAAAUAAUCAUCUCUCUUAAGUCUGACACUUACACCUUAGUUAGGAAAAGUGAGGUAGAGUACCAUUCUUCAAAAUAACCUCCCAAUUAUCAAUCAUGUAAAAAUAGAAAUAAUGCCUCAAAAUAUUAAACAAAAAGAAAAAAGAGAGGAAGCCUAUUCUCCAAUGUUCAGUUAGCCCAUUCUUCAAAAUAAUGUGUCUAAUGGCAAAUGAAAAAAUAUAGAAAUAAUGCCUCAAGUCAACAGUCCUUUUUUCCUUCUUUUUCCUUUUCUUAUUAGCUACAGAGACAUAAGUCCCAGCUUUGCAGACUGUACAUUCUGCCUCCCAUUUGACACGACCUGGACGAAAACAGGGGGACUUUUUUCGCAUUUCAUCAAUGAAAUGACAUUUGUGGAUAUUUCAUAAAACUGGACAGUAAGAAGCCACAGGAUUAGCCUCUGUCCUGUCAGGACUGUUUCUGUCAUUCAUAAAGAAAUGCAUUUCCCUCUUAAACAACAGGGAGCAGAGUCAGUAAAUCAUACUGAACUAUGGAAACCAAACCAAACUGUGUGGAAAGUAGGAAGUUUGAGAAACAUUCUGCCACUAUUUUCCUAAACUGUUCGUCUGUACAACUAGCAGACUAGUGAGUUGUUUUUGAUGAGGCCCUGUGGCUGUAGAACUCCCAAAGUGGAGCACUGCUGUUCCUAAAACCAGAUAAUUCAAGUCAUAGUUUCAGUUUACCUCUUAACCAUCAGCCCUUCUUACUGAAAGCAUCUGUAGAGUGAAAACAGUCUGCAGAAUGCACUGGGUCUGCAAAUGUAUGACCCAACAGAAAAGGAACAAAAUACCGCUUUGUUGCUUUCACAUCUAAAAACAGUUUGUCCUGUAUGAGAAUCUGUGCUUCUAACUGUGUUUAAGGAGCAAGGUUUCAUUUAAGUCCGGUAAUAAAACAACCAUAAAAUGUUUCCUUGAUUGUAUUCUCAGACUGUAUUAAGUUUCAGCAGCAGUUUGUACGUAGAGUCAGAUGUGACUGCAGCAGCUCUCCUGCUGAUCCCCUGCUCUUGUUGCUCACAGUGUGAACACAGAAGAUCACUCAGCAUCUGUCUGUAGUAAACUUACAGCUGUAAUUAGAGCAAAUAUCAGAACCACAUCACUGCUCUGAACGAAUGUUUCCAUUUUCUGUUUGUUUCAUUCUGAGGGAGGUGAAGUUGGACUGGUAAAUGGAGUUUACAUGAUUAGUUUACAUUAUUUGUGCCUGUUUCCACUGAAAAGUUCUGCCAGUGUAUAAAAAAAACUUGUUUAUUGGUUUUUUGUAGCUGCUUUUCUGCUGAUGGGCUGAUAUGAAAAGAAACCCUGACAGACAUGAAAGAGCCAAAGUUGACAGAGUGCAGUGGACAGAUAUGGAUCAGGAUCUAUCAGCUCUAAUGUAACAUCCCUGCUUCUCCCAGUUCCAAGAAGGACGUCUGUAAUUUCUGUUAUUCGUAAGUGCUUACAAAUGAGUGUUCCUUUUGUGUUGCUUAUUUAUUGUGUGGUUGUUAUUGGUGCUGGUUUCUGUAAUUCACUCAUGUUUAAAGUGGAGCUGAUGCUUUGGGUUCAGGUUGGUGUCUAAGAGGCAGGAGCUGUUAAGUUUUAUAGAAUUACAAAAAAACACAAAUUAAACCUCCCUGUUUAAUUUACAUUCAGCUAUUAAUGUAUGGUAUUCUAUUCUCAGUUCACUUUGGUAGCGUAGUAAACAUCCAUCCAUCAGCUCUACACCUUAAUCGUCAUGAGGAGCUGGAGUCUAUCAGCUGACUGAGGGUGAGGACAGGACAGUCUACCACAGGGCUACACAUAGGGACAAACACACUGUUCUUGUUGGAAUAAGUGAAUGUUUUUAAAUGUGACAGUCAUGGUGGUGAUGAUGAAGACAUCAUUCAGGCUGAUCUUCCUCUCCUGUUCUCAUAGAGCAGAAUAUUUUCAGGAUUUCAUCUUUUUCUCACCUGAACCCUCCUGUGCUGUACUUUUAUUGACCUCAGUCUUUGACAAACCUUCUCAAAGUAUUCAGUAAACAUUAAUUGUUCAUUUAACUAGGGACACUCUCUAGCAUUCAGUCACAUGUACUAAUCACUGGUCUGUCACUGAAGGCCUUCCUAGCUUCUUACUCACCAGUAGUUCUUUUCCAAACAGCGACUUACUGAAUUUGUCCGCUCCAUUCAAACAGAGGGAUCGUCUGGCAUGUAGAGCUGUGGUUCCUAGUAAUGACUGUGUCCAAUCAGACAGCAUUUAAUAGUUUAAACUGAGGACAAAAAGAUGCCAUCUAGAGAUCAUUUAUCUGAUGUAUUUUCAAGCAUUACUUCCUGCUCACAAAUGAAUCAGUGAUAAAAGAUCCUGUUGUUGUGUUUAAGGAACGAUCACAGUGUGGCUUCAUAUAUGAAGGUACAAUAACAGUCAUUAGCAGAGAGAAUAACACUCAACUCUGGAUAAAAGUCCAGUGUAGUUCCAUGCAGUGUGCAGACUUCUUUCUCAGGAUAUUGUACUUUGAGUUUUGGCCGUCCCAUCCAGUAGCAUGAAAGCCGUCUUCUGUGGUUCCUCCAUGGACGUUUGUAAUCAGAAGAGAAGCUGUGAUGUAUGGAACCAAGCCGAGCAGGGGCAUCAGGACCUGAAGUUUGACCAGAAACAACCCCUGGAGGCCACUCAGUGGAACUACAGCUCAGAAUCAGCUGCUGGUACAAACCACUCAUGUUUUAUAGAAACCGUGUUCAUGAUAAAUUUAACUAAAAACAAAAAAGCUGAAAGAUCCAUUAACAACCUUAAAAAAUUCAAACUUAAACCUGGCUCCUCCUAAUUGUUUUGUUUCUCUGAGUGUCAUUUAAUUGUUCACUUUAUCUCCCCCUCUUGUGUGAUGUAAAGCAGAAUAUCCCUGGCAUUUUCCUCUUUGUUGUAUUUUUGUGUAAAAUUGCAAAUAAAAUUGAUUUGGAAAAAAAAACAAAAAAAAAAACCCAUGUUCAUGUGAGGACAGUCCCACUCUCAGCUUCUUAGACGUUUCCAAACCCAAAGCAUCACAGGUUCAUGAGUGACAGGAAACAGCAGAAUAAAACCUUUAUUUAUACAGAUUCACCAUUCUGUUGCCUGGUCAGCAUGGAUGUGUUUUCUACACAAAUAAAAACUACAAAAAGAGAAAAACAGGAGUGUUUAAAAUGGCCAGAACCUGUGUGGGUUUACAGAAAGAUGACAAGUUGAAUCUAACUACAAAUGAACGUUUUACUGAUUGUAUUUUAAAGUUUUGUUCUGUUGGAAUAUGUGAAUGGUCUGGACAACCAAGACAUUUCUGUGUUGAUGUUUUUCUUUGCAGGUGGUUGAAUGAUAGACCGCUUGAUUUUACAGGGAUGUGUUUUUUAUUUAUAUGCUCUUACUUUAUCAUCUGAUGUAUGUUAUUUGGGGUUUGAAGAACCGAGGUCGAGGGUAGACCUCAGUAAACACAAUGAGUCCACACAUGUUGAAUCCACUGUGUAGGCAGAUAGCUGUAGAGAUCAUCUUUAUUGUUCACACACUAACGUUCUGGAGGCUCAUCCCGGUUUGAUCCGCCUUUAAAACACGACUGUCACCGUCCUUCACUCACAUGUUAAACAUCACAGCGCUGCUUAUUUCUGGAAAUGCUUUCAGAACCACUGAAUGACGUCCUGCUUUGUGUUCUUGUGCUUUAUUCUGUACAAAGUGUUCCCUGCAGAGCCAUGAAGUUACUGCGUCUGUUCCUGAUCACUCAGUGUUCUGUCACAUUCUCGUCUACUGCUGGACUUCCACAUUCUGUCCCUCCAUCAGUGGAAGCAGUGAGUCUGUGGUCCAUGUGGACUGAAAUGUGACAGAUCAUGCUGCAGAUGUGAUGAAAUGGAAACGGAGGGGCGCUGAUUGUAAAUAUGAUUUCAAAUAAACACCUUUUGAUUGUA